GAAGCUCAACACCGAGGCGACGCUCGUGGACGGUUCCAAAGUGAAUUGACGUCAUUUGAAGUGCCGCGUGGUAAAGGGCGUGGCUGACGGCCAAUCACAGUCCAGUACUGAGUCGUAGCUAAGACCAUGACCCCACCCCUCUGGAUCCUGGUGGUCCUGAUCCUGCAGAAUCCACCUGCUGCUCAGGCUGACGUCCAGGACCUGACCAACAGGAACGCGGACUUCGCUGCCCGACUGUACCGUGCUGUCGCCAGCCGGUCUGAUGACAACGUGUUCUUGUCACCGUUAACACUGUCUGUGGGUCUGUCGGCGCUGAUGAGUGCUGCUGAUGGUUUGACCCGCUUGCAGCUGCUGCAGGGACUGGAAUUCUCUGGUCUGGACCCUGAGACAGUUCCAGAUCUCUUUCAGAGUCUGAGGACAUCUGUCACUCAACAGGGCGGAGCCUCCAGCCUACUGCAGGGUGUGGCCAUAUUCCCUGCCAACAAUCUUCAGGUGUCCUCUGCCUACCUGGAUCUAGUUCGGGACAAGUACGGAGGAACCAUUCAGAGCCUGGACUACACAACACCACAGGAUGCUAUUGACGCCAUUACCCGCUGGUCCCUUGAGCAAACUGGAGACAAGAUCCAAAAUUUGGCCACAAAUCUUGAUACCCAGACCCAGCUGCUGCUUGUUACCGUUGCGUAUUACCAAGCUCAGUUUGCCCUCUCCUUUAAUGCCAGCCUCACACAGGACGAGCGUUUCUACAUCGACAAGUAUCACGUUGUCGUAGUUCCUAUGAUGUUCAGGGCUGGUAAAUACUUCCUGGCAUACGACUGGUCGCUCAAAGUGGGCGUGUUGAAGUUGCCGAUGACAGACGGAGCGGCCAUGCUGGUUGUGUUGCCUGAUGAAAACGUGGACAUCACCACUGUUGAAGAAGAUGUCAGCAGUGAGAAGGUCCGGGCGUGGAUCAGACAGCUGAAGAAGACGAAGUUGGAAGUGCAGAUUCCCCGCUUCCUGCUGGAACGCUCGCUUUCCUUACGUGGAAUCAUGGAAGCCUUCAACAUUACUCACGUUUUUCAGGAUGAUGCUAGUUUGAUCAAUUUGGGCGGAACCAAAGGUCCCAGAGUGACUCAGGUUUUCCACAAAGCCGUCAUCACCGUGGAUGAGAAAGGAAAUGGGGAAGGCAGAGUCAGCGUCAUUGGCAGCCCCCCUCCUCGACUUACCAUAAACCGGCCCUUCCUCUUCCUCGUCUACCAGGAGGUGGGCGGUGGCGUGCUGCUGAUGGGCCGCGUGGUCGAUCCCAGCAGAAAAUAACACUGAACCAAAACAUGUUAUAGUUUAAUGAUGCUGUGUGCAUGAAUCAUUACCACAGGGAGCCACACCCACUUCCCCCACUGUGCACAUGUAUUAGCUCCGCCCAAAAUGUAGUUUCAAAUAUUUAGUUGUGGUUUGAAGCAUGGAGGCUUUUUGUUGUUUUUUCUAACACUGAAGUAAUAACUUAAUCUGUCUGUGCUGUUAAAAUCUGAAGACAUUUAAUAAAAAUGAUUAAAGCUCAA